AAGCAGCUGGAGGGCCGAGGCUGCUCUUGGCGUCAUUCGCCAAACAAACUGCUACCAAGACGGAAGGGAAAUCUCUUGUGGAACAAUAACCAAUUUAUUCUAACAAAAGUCAAGCAGACGGGACAAACAAGGAAAAUUUGAGUGCUGACCUUUCUUUCACCACAGUCAGUUACGUCAAUAUUGUACUAUGGAGUUUCCAGAUCUUGGAGAUCAUUGCUCUGAAAAGUCCUGCAAGCGUUUAGAUUUCCUGCCAAUGAGAUGUGAUGCUUGUGAGGAGAUAUUCUGUAAAGACCACAUAACCUAUGCAAAUCACAAAUGCAUGUCAUCCUACAAAAAGGAUGUCCAGGUCCCUGUAUGUCCUUUGUGCAAUACCCCUAUACCCAUUAAAAGAGGAGAAAUGCCUGACAUUAAAGUUGGUGAACACAUUGAUCGGGACUGCAAAUCGGACCCAGCACAGAGAAAGAGAAAGAUUUUUACAAAUAAAUGUUCCAAAGGAGGCUGUAAGCAGAAGGAGAUGAUCAGAGUGACAUGUGAUCAAUGUCACUUAAAUUACUGUCUUAAACACCGACAUUCACUAGACCAUGAUUGUAAGACUGAUGGCAAACCAGUCUCCAAAUCUGGACAUGCUGCUUUAAUGAGGGCCCAAGCUGCCUCCAUCUCUGCCUCUGGUUCCGGUUCAGGUGGCCAAGGAAACUCUAGGCUUGUAUCUAAUGGUGUGAGUGCAGACAGUAGAAACCACAACAGUGGAACUGUACAACGAGCGCCUCCUCCAUUUUCAGCCCCUCAACCACAGAAUGUAAUACCGCCAUCGGCUUCGUUUCAGGCUGGCCUGACAGAGGAGCAGGCCUUACAAAGGGCUCUGGAGAUGUCUUUGGCCGAGUCUGUGCACAGGGUCCAGCCGGCUCUUAGCCCUCAGGAGCAGGAAGAUCUAGCUCUGGCUCAGGCUCUUGCAGCCAGUGAAGAAGAAUAUCGGCGCCAACAGCAGAGACAACAGGGGAGAGAGUCUAAACAUUCACCUUGUAGCCUGUCAUAAGCUGGGACUGCAGUCUGGGCCAUGAGCUGAUGCCACUCAAGUACUAGACACUGUACUUACAUACUGCACAUACUGUAUGGAUACCGAUGGCCGGCAGCAGAGAUCACCACCGAUUCUCAGAUAAAAAGAACAUUCUCGGAAAUUGCCGAGCUAUUAUGGGCUUCUACACUUUAAGCACAUGCUCCGCCAGCAGGAUCUGUUCAUUUUUACCAAUUAGUUGCUCUGUACAUAUUUUAUAUGCUUAUUGUAAAACCGAUAUAAAGAAAUGAUCAUUGAAUAAAUUAUUUUAAACAUGUA